AUGUCGGAGCUGCGCAAGAAGUUCUGGGAGAUAUGGCACGUUGGAGCAGGAGCUAUUGCCUUCAACCACGCAGACGGUGAGGUCUGGCUCUGCAGAGGCAAGGUGCCGCAGCAUCCACCGACUGGCCCAGCCACUGCUCCUCCUCCUGCGGCGCUCGCGGGGCCGGCGGGGCCCAUGCCUUGCCAGGGAACAGCGAUGCCAGCUGCAAACCAUGCCGCUGGUGGUGGAGAUCAAUCUAAACCAGCGGUGUACAGCAUGACACCUCAGGAGAUCCUCCAUAUCGUUCAGACAAAAUGCCAGGAAGGCGUCCCCUACAUCUUACUGGCCCACAUCGGGCAUCCGACAACAUCGUCCGGCGACAUCUCUGCCUGCCAUUGGCUUGGGACGAAGAACACCUGGAAGCCUGCAGUCAAGCACAAUGUGGAGUUGGUGGAGAAGUUUCUUCAUCACCACAGUAUCUACCCUCAAUGUAUGCUUUGCCCCAAUGGAGUCGGCUUUGCGGAGCACGUGCCGGCGGAGAAGCACCUGCGCGCCUUGUGGGAGAAGUGCCCCGCGGGAAAGAAAGUGGUUGAUUGCGCCAAAGAUCUCUGGCAAGAGUGGCGACUGCCAAAUCUCGUACUCCUGAGAUACAAUCACUGCCAUGGACAAGUGCUGAUCUGCAGGGGGGAGCCUCGACCCGGUAAGAUGCUGCCCUUUCCCGUGGACACCCCAGCCGCUGGUGCACCGAUGAUGCCGCCGCGGGGUCCUCCCUCUGUGGCCUCCUUCGCGCCAAGCUCCACCAUGAGUCAGGGCGGUCCCCCGAGUGUCGCCAACCUACAAAACCCAGCUCAACCGCCGCCGCAGCAACCGCCACAGUCGCAGCGGCCAGUGCAGCCGCAGCAGCCGCAGCAGGCACAGCAGCCGCAACAGCCGCCACCUACACAGCUGGUCCCAGCGCCAAGUACGAAUCCAGACCCUUCAGCUCUGCCACAAGAAGGUCUGUGGUACAGUUUGCAUCCGCCGUGCAGCUUUGCCACGAACCCCGGGGGCGACUAUCGGGCCUACCCUCACCUGGGUGGCAAAUCCGCCUUCAAAGCAGCCAUGACCCCACGGGCGAAAAUCAUCGAGGAUGUUCUGUACAAUCAGCCAGCGCCGAUUGAUCCACAGUGCAGCUUCUGUGAGCGUCACAGGGGAUAUGCGGAACACUUGGGUGCAGACAAACACUGGAGAGCUCUCUACCCAGAAUUCACAGGUGAAGGGGUGUGUAUCGAGCAGGUUCGCCCAAGGGCCUGGAACAAGUGGAGGAUUAUGGGCGGAUGGAUCCGCAUAAAUGAGCUGGAUGGGGCCAUCGAGAUAUCAAAGGGGAACAACGAGCCGAGCUCCACGGAGGGCAUCGCGGCAGCUCCACAGAUUCCCUCGCAACCCCAAGGAAUGCAAGCUCAAGGCCCUCAGGCCCCUCAGGGCCCUCAGGGCCCUCAGGGGCCUCCAGGCCCUGCACCGCAUGCUGCCUGGGCGAAUUACCAACCCACGCAGACCCAACAACCUGCGGCUCCGCCAAUGCCCCAACAGGCACAACCGGUACCCACACCGGCCCCUCAGCCCGGAGGCGAGAGUCCUUGGGCGAAUUUUUCCGGCGUAGCUCAUAUGCAAGCGCAGCCGACCAUGGCAACACCGGCAGCACCUCAACAGAUGCAGCAGCCAAUGCAGCCGCAGAUGCAACCACAGAUGCCGAUGCAGCAGCAGCAGCAGCAGCAACCAAUGCAGCAGCAACAGAUGCCACAGCAAAUGCCGCCGCAGGCCCAAACACAGCCACAAGCUCAAAUGCCACAGCCAGGGCAUCAAGCUCAGCCAGGACCUGGCGAGAAUGGCUACACAAACUAUCACCCGGGUCAGUUCGGACAGCCCGCGGCCACACCUUACCCGCAGGGGUUCCAGGGCAAUCCAAACCCUGCCGCGCCGCCGUGGGCAGACAUUCGAGACAUCCGAGGGCUGCGGCGAGAUCCUGACAGCAUGUCCUUGGCUGGAAAUGCAGGCACCCGGAGCGAGCCUGGCGACACCCGCGAAUCGGACUCCGCCAUGUUGAGCCAGGAGUUGAGGUUUGCCUACACGUUUUACUGCAGGAGUAUGCAGAAGCCGGCGCAGGCUGUGCAGGCCGCCCUGAUGAAGCACGAAGUCGACCCGCAACACCUGCAUUGCAGCGUUUGUCGGCAGAUCGCUGUGUUCGGCAGUGAGGCCAUUCCGCCAAAUUUGUUCGCGGCCCACCUCACCAGUCAAGCACACUUCAUGAACCUGCAGAGGCGCGCCGUGGCUUUGGGGUCUAGGUGA